UGCUGAAUGGAGAAGGAGUCGAAAUCAGUUCUAGGAAUCAGGUUCGCUGGAAAAUAGAUAUUUUUCAUAGUACGACGCCAUCAUUGCAAGUUAUUUGUGAUUGGAAGGAAGGCCCAUCAUCGAAAUGGUGAGCACCCCUAGUAGUAGUACAAAGGAGAUGAAGACGAGAAGUGGAAGAACAGUGAAGGUAAAGACCUUUGAUGAAGAUUCCACCUCCACAAAACCGCGAGAGAACGCCACGAAAACCCCCGUGGCAAAGCCGACAAAGGCGAUCAGCGGAGGAGUUGCCCGCGGCAACCAAAAAGCAGGCAAUGACAUGAUGGAAGUGGCUGAUCCUCCCCAACUGGAGAGUCCUGUCAGAAAGAGGGGACGACCAAGGAAGCAUCCCCUACAGCCUGCUCCUUCCCCACUGGCGCAGAAGACCACAGUGGUUUCCCCACCUGGGCGCCAGGUGGCAUCGAGAAAGGGGCCAAGGAGAAGCCCCAGAAUGGCUUCCUCUUGGGGGGAAGCUGAGACCGCAUCCCAGAAAAGGUCGGCAAAUCAGAAGACUAUGCGCAAACAGCCAAAAACAAAGAUAAAGCGUUUGGACCUGGAGGAAAAAGCCGCAGGGAAAGAUGCAGAGGAGAAGUCAGAGAAAUCAGAUGGCACAUCCAGUGAGGAUGAGGAACAGACACUGCUUCAGUAUAACGAACCCGAACCAGCCGACAAGGACAGUGAGAGUGAUAACGAUAAUCAAUCUUCUUUAAAAACUGAAACAGAAGCCACUGACAAGAAGCAACAGGUCGAUGAGUCGCUGCCCGAGUCUGCCUCGCCGCGACCCAAGAAGGUUGUGAUCCCGCGAGGUCUUCCCGCCGGAACCACUCUCCUUGUACCGCAGGGCGACACGGACAGUCCGACCAUCCUCAUCCCAGCCGGCAUGGAGCCCGGCUCCACGUUGAUAAUGCCCGGGCACGACACUCGUGGUCGCCACGGCGACGAGAAGGGAAACGUUCUUCCCAGCGGCGCAGUGGACGUGGACGCUGCCAAUGAAGGGAAUGAGACUACAGGUAUCUCCAUGGAAACCGUGUCCGCUUCAUUGAGUUCCGCCGGCAACGCCUCCAUCCUGCUGCCUCAACUCAAUCAGUUGAAGCCCUCCGGGGGUUACUUUGUGCUAAACAAGGAUGGGAAGGUGACCUACCGCAAGCCGCCGCAGGAGGGGAAGUCCGAGCGCCCGCUGCUGCCGAAGGAAGGCUUCCUCAUUCCGCAGCCUUGGGGCAACGUCAUGAGCGGGCCGGACGAGAUCGAGAAGGAGAAGGAGAAGGAGCGCAGGCGGCGCGACGAGAAGCGGCGCACUCUGGCGGAGACGGGCGGCGUCAGGCCCGAGUCGAAGUACCUGCGCAAGAAGCGCAUCAUGGAGGAGGAGAUGGUCGCGCGCGGCCAGCAGAUCGUCCGCAAGAAGCGCGGACGCCCGCGCAAGUACUUCCCCGCCGCCGCCGACACCAACGCAGACGAACCUGAGCCUGCCCCCGCGGCGGCGGCGCCCCCUGCCAGCGCGCCGCUCUCCCCGCCGGGUAGCGACGUCGCGGCGGCCGGACCGGCAACAGCGAGCGGCGUCCGGAACGCACGCGGCGGCGCCGGCACCGCGGGGGCGAAGACGGCCGUGACCCGCGAGCCGACCUCCGACCCUGAGGUCGCGCGGCCGAUCACCGCCGCCGCCGACGCCGUGACAAAGUCCGGAGAGGAGUCGGGGCGAGCGGUCGGCCAGACGCGCAGUCGCCGCUACGUGACGUCGCCGACCGGCCACCUCACGUCAUGCGUGUGCGAGCGCUGCCCGCCGGCCGGCGACGACCUCACGACGAAGGUCGCACCGGCAUGGAAGGUCGCCACGGGGGGGAAGCCCGACAGCGAUCCCCCCCCUCCUCCUCCUCCUCCUCCUCCUCCCGCGGCGGGGCAGGAGGGGGCGACAGCGAGCCCGCCGGCGUACGGGAACAACGCGUUCUGCCUCGUGCCGGCGGCGGGGAGCCACGCGACGGGCGUCGGCAUCACGCCGAUUUACGUCGCGCCGGACAGCGGGCUGAAGCCGCCGUUGUCGCUGCCGACGAUGAUGAUGAUCGUGCCGUCGAAGGAGGGCGAGGGAAAGCAGCUGUGCUACAUGGUCGCCGGCGUGAAGAAACCGCAGCCGGGCAAGCAGACGGAGGCGACAAAGACGGCAGCGGCGGCAAACCAAGAUCACGAGCAAAAGACACAAGUCUCGGCUGGAAUUCAAAAGCAGAAUGCAAGCAGCUCUAAAGUUCAGUCAGAAAGAGAACUUACAACGCCAUCUAGUGGGGAAACCCAGCAGGAAGGGAGUGAGAUAAGUGAGGAGACGGGCGUUAAACAGCUCCCGAGAACACAUCCGACGUACAAGGAAACUAAAGAUGCCGAAGCAAAGACAGCAGACGCAUUUGCGUCUGGUAAAGAGCAGGUCCGGAAGGAAAUCAAGCAGCAAUCGAUCAUGACAGCCGAUGGAAAAUGUCUGGUGGCAGUGAGCUCAGAUAAUGCCCCGUCCGGCCUACCUGUUUUCAAGUAUGUCGCACAACAAGUGAACGCACCACAGUCCCACAUCGCGCAGCAGCGUCGCGCUUUGCCGGCGCCCUCUGCGUUGACGCCGCGCAAGCCUGCGGAGAGACGGCCGGACUUCAAGCAGCUGCUGGAGGCGGCGUUGGACGAGGCGUCGAAGCAGAAUAAGAUACAGGCGCGGGCGACGCGCCGUGCCGCCGCGCCAUCCACCGACGCUGUCCCUGUUGCCGCCACCGCUGCUGCCCAACAGGAGCCUGCCGAGAAACUCGCAGCGACACGCGGCGACAGCAACGAACCGGUCGUCAUGGUGAUCGAACGCGGCGACGGCGGCGGCGACCCUGGCGACGUCACGGACUCAGACGGCAUCUCGCUGCUGUCGCGCGUCGCCGCCUCCGCCGCCAAGGACCCCGCGUCGAGGGACAACCUCUACAUCUUGAUGCCGUCGCCAGAGGGCGCCAGCGCCGCGCAGGAGGCGGCGUGGAUGAAGAUCCUGGAGAGCGGCGGCUCGCAGAAGGCCAGGUCCUCACGCAACUGGACCGCGCUGCAACAGGACCCGAUGAUGAUCCCGGAGUACUUUGAGGAGGUGAUCGACUACCUGGACGACCACUACCCGUCGCUGAGCUACAAGACGGGCGAGACGAGCGGCAACGAGUUCUACCUGGAGAUCACGCGCCACCUCACCGACGUGCCGCUGGACAAGGGCGGGCCGCUGCACGCCGCGCGCGUCGUCGCCUUCGCAGACGGCACCGCGAGGUUCCAGGUGCUCUGCCAGACAGGAAAGUCGACGAAGAUCCUGGCUCCCAGCAUGGUCGAGGGUAAGACGGUCGCACUGGACCACGAGAAGUUUGAGGAGAUUCUGCAGUACCUGGACGACCGCUACGUGAUGUGUUUCGGCAUCGAGGUCGAGCGAUUCGACGAGAUGUUUCCUGACGCAGACCACAAUGUGAAAAGUAAAAACUACAUGGUGGAAUCGUUUCCAUUCGUUCGGGUGAUGUCGAUGAAGUGUGAGAUUUGGUACAAGAUGCCAAAGAAUGCAACCUCGCUGGAUAGAGCGACACUCAGUCUUAACAUGUGCAAGAACUGCACACAGCUCUACUACUCCCCCAACGCGAAGCAGAAGAGGGGCGCCGGUCUAGCCGAGCCGCGGCGUGCGCGGGCGCGGACGAGCCGACCCCGGGACGACGUCUCGCUGACGCGCGACGAGCUCGCGGUGAGAUUCAGAUGCGACGCCCUCUUGCGGCAGCUGCGCGCCGAGCAGCUCAAGUUUGCGACAAUCAGCAAGCUGCUGAACAGCGGCGGGCCAGAGGGCAGCACCGUAGUGUUUAUCAACGACGACGGCGACGUCGCCGAGACGAUCGUGCUCAACGAGGGCGCCACCGAAGAGAAUUUUGACGGCGACGGUGGCGCCCUUGCUGACAGUGGCGCCCUCGCUGACGGUGAUGCCCUCGUCAAUGGCGGAGCUCUCAGUGACGGUGGCGCCCUCGUCGAUAGUGGCGCCAUCAGUGGCACCCACGAGUUUUUGGAGGAUGAGCAGAAGAACGAGGAGGAGGGAGCGAUAGAGGAGCCCUGCUACAAUGCUUACGACAACGAGGCUGUGGUAGGGGGCGCCGGCGUUAAGGAAAACGCGCAGGAGCAUGUCGAGGGUAACAACAGGUAUUUGGGCGUGGUCGUGAGUGACACCGGGGUUGUGCCAUCUGUGGGGCACGUGGCGACGCAUGGUGAGGAUGUGGACGUGCUGGGUCAACUCUGUGAAGAGGUCAUCGGAAACGACGAGCAGGCAAUGGAUGUCCAACAGGAAGUCGAGUUUCAGAGUGCCGCCUAG